AUUUACCAUUUACACAACGUUUAAACUUCACUGCUUUUGGGGUUUGUAUUUACUGUACUAUAAUGCACUCAUUUCUGUGAUGAAUGACAUGAGUUAGCUCCGACCGCCAGAAUAAAAGCAUGGAAGAAUAACGACACCAGUUGACCUGUAGCAUGGGGGAGUUUGAUGACCUCACGUGUAGUUUGCGGUGUGGUGCAAGCGUGCGACCCACCCCCUUGAUCUUGGCCAGCGCAUGGACAGUGUUCUUGAUGGUGUCCGUGGGGAUGAUGUCAGAGUUGUCUCCACUUAAAUAGUCUUUGCGGGACUUGAGUGUCAGCUCCACAUCCACCUUGACCUCCACGAUGCUAUGAUGGCCCCCAUGCCUCCUGAUGCUCAACACCUUCACGCUGUUCUUGCCGUAGCCAGUUCGCACAAACUCCGCCUUUGGGAGAGAAGAGCAGAUAUUUUGGCGUGCACAUGAUCCUCCUAGCUUGUGUUCCUGCCCAGGGUGCACAUCUGGUCAGAUGACCCAAAGUUGUUUGCGGCGAACACAAAGUGGAUAUAAGCGGCUAGCAAAGCCAUAGCGUCAUGUUGUUGCGAGAGAGAAGUCAUGUUGCAGUCGUCGGGCGUGUCGCCACAGAAAAGUGCCGAAUGAGGACACUUUGAAGCACCUGGCUGGUUCAUCAUUUACAAGUUGCCCGAAUACAAGAUUGGUGAGAGAGGCAGUGGGGUGGACUACAUGUACCUGGACCCCUCAGAAGGCACCUGGCGACGGAGUAAGUUCAUGGUCAACACCAGCCAAGGAGCCAUUGGAAACACCCUGAGUCAGCUGUACAGCAGUUACAAGGCCAACAACUCAGCCUACGCGCUCUACAACGAUGCCCCGCCUCUGCUCAAGUACGACCACGGAUACGGACACACCAAAGGAGUUCUGCUCUUUGACUCUUCUCAAGGCUUCUGGCUGUCCCACAGCAUCCCCCACUUCCCCUCCUUCCCAGAGAAGGGCUACCUGUACCCGACCUCCGGCAAGGUCAACGGCCAGACGGCCCUGUGUGUCAGCCUGAAUUAUCAACAUGUCCUCCGUGUCACCCAGCAGCUGGUGUAUGUCUUCCCGCGUGUCUUCAACUGCUCCGUGCCCGCCGCCUUCGCCGCCAAGCUGCCUGCGCUGGCACACUUGUGUGCUGGCAAACGUCCUGUGGCGCCUUCGGAUAAGAAGAUGGAGCAACUCUUCUCCCUGCAGGGAGAGAUCUUCUUCAUUUUUGCCAAAUCGGAACAUUUUGUUGAUGACAUCUACCUGGGCUGGCUGGCUCAGGUCUUCAACACCAGCCUGAUGGCAGAGACGUGGCAGACGUCGAAACACCAGCUGCCCUCCAACUGCUCGCUGGCCAAUCACGUCAUGAACAUCAGGAGGAUCCGCCUCCCCGGGUCCGCACCGCACUGUUCUCGGUACGACCACUCCAAGUGGUGCGUGUCCUGGGCCUUCCAGAAGCAGACCACCUGCUUGGGAGACUUGAACAGGGAGACCAGCCAGAUGCAGCGCGGCGGCUUGAUGGCGUGCUCCUUCAACCCUUUGAUGUACGCCGCCUUCAGACAGUUGGUGGACUGGUACGUGGCUUGUUGAUGUCACGCCAGCAGGGAAUAGAACCAUCAAGUACAACAUAUUUCAUCUAACAGUGCUUUUAACCCUCUAGUCUACUUUCUUUCAAAAUAUGUUUAAAAAGUGUUAUAAGUACCGGUAAGUCACUUUUUUUUUUACUUUUUACAUGUUAAAAAAGUGCUAUAAGUACCAGUAAGUCACAUAUUAUUGUUCUUUUUGAACUUUUUACACAUUAAAAAAAGUGUUGUAAGUACCGGUAAGUCACAUAUUAUUUAUUUUACCUUUUACACAUUAAAACAUUUUUUAUAAGUUCCGGUAAGUCACAUAUAAUUUUUUUUUUACUCGUUACAAGUUUUAAAAAAAAGUGUUAUAAGUACCGAUAAGUCACUUUUUUUUUCACUUUUUACAUGUUAAAAAAAGUGCUAUAAGUACCAGUAAGUCACAUAUUAUUGUUCUUUUUUAACUUUUUACACAUUAAAAAAAGUGUUGUAAGUACCGGUAAGUCACAUAUUAUUUAUUUUACCUUUAACACAUUAAAAAAAUUUUUUAUAAGUACCGGUAAAUCACAUAUAAUUUUUUUUUUUACUUGUUACAAGUUUUUUUUGAAAAGUAUUAUAAGUACCGGUAAGUCACUUUUUUUUUUACUUUUUACAUGUUAAAAAAAGUGCUAUAAGUACCAGUAAGUCACAUAUUAUUGUUCUUUUUAAACUUUUUACACAUUAAAAAAAGUGCUGUAAGUACCGGUAAGUCACAUAUUAUUUAUUUUACCUUUAACACAUUAAAAAAAAUGUUAUACGUACCGGUAAGUCACAUAUAAUUUUUUUUUUACUCGUUACAAGUUUUUUUUAAAAAAAGGGUUAUAAGUACCAGUAAGACACAUAUUGUUUUUUACUUUUUACAUGUUUAAAAAAAAGUUAUAAGUACCGGUAAGUCACAUAUUAUUAUUUUUUUUUUCCUUUUCAAUGUCAAAAAGUGUUUUGUUUUUUUUACUUUUUACAUGUUAAAAAAAAAGAGUGAGAAGUACUGGUAAGUCACAUAUUGGUUUUUACUUUUUUUUUUUUACUUUUUACAAGUUCAAAAGCGGUUGGUCACAUAUAAUUUUUUAUUUUACACGUUAAUAAAAGGGUUAUAAGUACCGGUAAGUCACAUAUAAUUUUUUUUUUUACUCGUUACAAGUUUUAAAAAAAAGUGUUAUAAGUACCGGUAAGUCACAUAUUAUUGUUCUUUUUGAACUUUUUACACAUUAAAAAAAGUGUUGUAAGUACCGGUAAGUCACAUAUUAUUUAUUUUACCUUUAACACAUUAAAAAAAAAAUGUUAUAAGUACCGGUAAGUCACAUAUAAUUUUUUCUUUUCUCGUUACAAGUUAAAAAAAAAAAAAAAAGGGUUAUAAGUACGGGUAAGACACAUAUUUUUUUUUACUUUUUACAUGUUAAAAAAAGUGCUAUAAGUACCAGUAAGUCACAUAUUAUUGUUCUUUUUGAACUUUUUACACAUUAAAAAAAGUGUUGUAAGUACCGGUAAGUCACAUAUUAUUUAUUUUACCUUUAACACAUUAAAAAAAAAAUGUUAUAAGUACCGGUAAGUCACAUAUAAUUUUUUCUUUUCUCGUUACAAGUUAAAAAAAAAAAAAAAAAGGGUUAUAAGUACGGGUAAGACACAUAUUUUUUUUUUACUUUUUACAUGUUUAAAAAAAAGUUAUAAGUACCGGUAAGUCACAUAUUUUUUUUUUUUUUUCCUUUUCAAUGUCAAAAAGUGUUUUUUUUUUUUUACUUUUUACAUGUUAAAAAAAAGAGUGAGAAGUACUGGUAAGUCACAUAUUGGUUUUUACUUUUUUUUUUUUACUUUUUACAAGUUCAAAAGGGGUUGGUCACAUAUUUUUAUUUUACACGUUAAUAAAAGGGUUAUAAGUACCGGUAACACACAUAUAUUCUUUUACUUUUACACGUUAAAAAAGGGUUAUAAGUACCGGUAAGUCACAUAUAAUUUUUUUUUUACUCGUUACAAGUUUAAAAAAAAAAAGUGUUAUAAGUACCGGUAAGUCACUUUUUUUUUUUACUUUUUACAUGUUAAAAAAAGUGCUAUAAGUACCAGUAAGUCACAUAUUAUUGUUCUUUUUUAACUUUUUACACAUUAAAAAAAGUGUUGUAAGUACCGGUAAGUCACAUAUUAUUUAUUUUACCUUUAACACAUUAAAAAAAAUGUUAUAAGUACCGGUAAAUCACAUAUAAUUUUUUUUUUACUCGUUACAAGUUUAAAAAAAAAAAAAGUGUUAUAAGUACCGGUAAGACACAUAAUUUUUUGUACAUUUUAAAUUUUUUUUAUAAGUACCGGUAAGUCACAUAUUAUUAUUAUUUUUUUCCUUUAGUGUUUUUUUGUUUGUUUGUUUUUUUACUUUUUACAUGUUAAAAAAAAGAGUGAGAAGUACCAGUAAGACAUUUGGGAUUUGGGGCUAUAUAAAUAAACAUUGAUUGAUUGAUUGAA